UAAUCCUGUCAGAUCGAAAGAAAAUUGUAAAUGUUCUCUCCAGAAACUGUCCGCCCAUUGCAGCUAAUCGAACACAACCCACAAAUAGAGACACACCACUCUUGCUCUGCUGCUACACACAGCGGGUGAGGGCGCAGAGACCCGUUCUGGGGAGCAGGCACGCGGGGGCACAGACACACACACUCGCACACGCACACGCACACGCCAGCCUGCGGGCUUGGCCAGAGCCCUGAAGUCGCAGAUCCCACUCGGAAAUCGCCAGAGGCGCUGGGAGAAGUGGAAGAGCGCGGCUUGCAGACUCUAAUUACUACUUUCCCGGCACUCGGGUGAAGAAAUGAAGCCCGCCCAGCUCUUCGACAUAUCCAGGUCUCCUUUCUAUUUCGGUGUCCACGGUCAUCUCCCUGAAAGCCAGAUCCAGGGAGAAGGAGAGCGGACAGCUAGCUGCGGACUCUAAGCUGUGCAGCAGGCGCCAGAGCGGGGCCAACUCGAGCCCGCCAAAGGCUCCUUGCUCCGGUCAGACUCCACCAGAUCGCAGCCCCGGGCGACUAAGUCAGCUACAGUGACACAAUGGUCUGCUGCUUGCCAAGAACUCUGCUUUUCCAAGCCAGUGAGUCCAUUCCCUACAGUAUUUUCUCAGCUUCAGUUUCCUGUGAAACAGAAAAGAACGUGGAUGAUUGUUCUGCCACACGGUUUAAAUGUUUAUUUGGACACUUGGCUACUGAACACAAAAUGAAUAACUCAACAAACUCAUCUAACAAUGGCUUGGCUAUUACCAGUCCUUACAAGACAUUUGAAGUGGUAUUUAUUGUUCUUGUGGCUGGAUCCCUCAGUCUGGUGACCAUCAUUGGGAACAUCCUGGUCAUGGUUUCUAUUAAAGUCAACCGUCACCUUCAGACAGUCAACAAUUACUUCUUGUUCAGCCUUGCCUGUGCUGACCUCAUCAUAGGUGUUUUCUCCAUGAACUUGUAUACCCUCUACACUGUGAUUGGUUACUGGCCUUUGGGACCUGUAGUAUGUGACCUUUGGCUAGCCUUGGACUAUGUGGUCAGCAAUGCUUCUGUUAUGAAUUUGCUCAUCAUCAGCUUUGAUAGAUACUUCUGUGUCACAAAACCUCUGACCUACCCAGUUAAGCGGACCACAAAAAUGGCAGGCAUGAUGAUUGCAGCUGCCUGGGUCCUUUCCUUCAUCCUCUGGGCUCCAGCCAUUCUCUUCUGGCAGUUCAUCGUAGGAGUGAGAACUGUGGAGGACGGGGAGUGCUACAUUCAGUUCUUUUCCAAUGCCGCUGUCACCUUCGGCACUGCCAUCGCAGCCUUCUAUCUGCCUGUCAUCAUCAUGACCGUGCUGUAUUGGCAUAUAUCCCGGGCAAGUAAGAGCAGGAUAAAGAAGGAAAAGAAGGAACCUGUGGCCAACCAAGAUCCGGUAUCUCCAAGUCUGGUGCAAGGAAGAAUUGUAAAGCCGAACAACAACAACAUGCCAGGUGGUGACGGUGGCCUAGAGCACAACAAAAUCCAGAAUGGCAAGGCUCCCCGGGAUGGUGUGACUGAAAACUGUGUUCAGGGGGAGGAGAAGGAGAGCUCAAAUGACUCCACCUCAGUCAGUGCUGUCGCCUCCAAUAUGAGAGAUGAUGAAAUCACCCAGGAUGAAAACACAGUUUCCACUUCUCUGGGCCAUUCCAAAGAUGACAACUCUAAGCAAACAUGCAUCAAAAUUGUCACCAAGACACAAAAAGGUGACUCAUGCACCCCAACAAGUACAACUGUAGAACUAGUUGGGUCCUCAGGUCAAAAUGGGGAUGAAAAGCAGAACAUUGUAGCACGCAAGAUUGUGAAAAUGACCAAGCAGCCUGCCAAAAAGAAGCCUCCUCCAUCCCGGGAAAAGAAGGUGACCAGGACAAUCUUGGCUAUUCUGUUGGCUUUCAUCAUCACCUGGGCACCAUACAAUGUCAUGGUGCUCAUCAAUACCUUCUGUGCACCCUGCAUCCCCAAUACAGUGUGGACAAUCGGCUACUGGCUCUGUUACAUCAAUAGCACCAUCAAUCCUGCCUGCUAUGCACUUUGUAAUGCCACCUUCAAAAAGACUUUUAAACACCUCCUUAUGUGUCACUACAAGAACAUAGGCGCUACAAGGUAAAAGACCUUUACAAAAGAAGAAAGGUGGCCAAGUGGGGCUUGGGAAGAAGAACAGAGACAAGAAAGCCAUCUAUUUAUACUGAUCUGCCAUUGCACUUUACAGUCUUGCUACACAUGUGCAGUUAAGGCAGUCUAAAGUGACACUCUCACCGUGCCCAUGCUUCAGUUUGAAAAAUAAAUAAGUGAACUUAUACCUUAUAAACGCUGUCGGUUUAGGAGACAACGAAAGAGACACGAAGAAAUUGUGGCUCUAAGAAACAAUCUGUGCUGUCUCCUACUCUCUUGAAGAAGGGCUUCUGAAUCUGCAAUUUCAUGUCUCUGCACAAGAGUAACCUUGUUUGUUGUUUCUUCCUGUUGUCCCCAUGUGUCUAGAUGAGGAAGAAAUGUCACGCUACAUGCUAACACAGAGACCUAAACAUAAAGAAGCAGACACGCAAUGAGUGAUAUGAAGAAAGAAAAUCAAAUAGGAUGCAGAGAUGGUCAGCAGAGCAUUGAGCGUAUUCUAGGCUAUGCCGUGCUCUUUGAAGGAUUUAAGGAUAUAAUCACUGCUUAUUUCUUCUCUCUUCUCCUUUCCCAACAUGAAAAGCAAGAAAGCAAAACAAUGAAAACCCAACUAGGUCAUACUAUUUUUUCUACUAUUUUUGUAGUUUCUGGUUUUAUAUUGUGUACGGAUAAUACCCAUAGGACUUCUCCUAAAUCUGGCCAGAGUCAACCAUAAAAAUGGGCACUCUGCCUCUUCCCACUGUGUCCUUGCAUUGUUUGAGAGUGUACGACCCUGUAAGGGUUUCCUUCAUUUGAGCUCCUUUGUGUGGAAUAUUUUCACCCAUCUGAUUUUCUUCUAAACUAACCUAUUUUAACAGAUUAGUCUGCCUAAGACAUAAAUAUGCUUGGGAAACCAAAGUCAUUUAAAAUUAAAUUUUAAUCACUUUAGAAAAUGGUCAGUCUAGUUGGGGAAAGCUCGCCGAGGACAGAUCAAGUUUAAGAUGAGAAGAAAGAAGGUCAGAAGGGCCGUCAGUUUGAACGCAAACCUGCCUGCCCCAUGUGCCUGACCUUGUUAAAGUGUACAAUAUGAACUCCUGACUUUGUCAGCAGGAAUACAAUGCUGCUUUGCUCAUUCAGAAUCUUAAACAAGAUUAGUUUGCUGUGUCAACCCCAAGAGGAAAAGACCUUAUAUUCCAUGUCUGUUAGCAGAUGAUAUUCAAAUUAUACUCAAAUGAGGUUUUCUAUAGCCAUGCUAAGACACAGGGGUGGGGAAAGGGCCAUGCAAAAAACAUUUACUGAUAUUACAUGUUCUUAAAAUUGUCUUCAAAUCUCUGCAAGAUUAUAUCACUUCAAAAUUCUCUAAUCAGGAGAGUUAUAUUAAUCUUUGUGGCAUAAAUAUAGUGGAUAAUCAAACAGAAGCAAACUAUGCCCACAGAACCUGAAGGGAGAGUUUAUGUGGUUCUUGUCAUGCCAUUUUUUUCACUCUAUUAUCUGAUCACAAAUAGCUGUCACUGAAAUGAUUACUAAAGGAUAACAUUAAACUGGUAAUGUCUGUGUAGGAAAUCCACCCUUGAUAAGCUAAAUAAAUACAGAAUUAUAUCAAUUCAUAUUUAACUAGUUAUCUUUGUCUUCCUAUGUUUUCUCCCAUUAUAUGUUAUGGUCUUCCAAUCAGAUUUUCUAAGUGUGAGCCUAAUGGAUAGAAAUUAAAGUUAUAAAUUCCUUUUCAAAAUUCAGGUUUUCACUGACGGGCUUUGAUUCCUUCUCUGCCCAUCCCAUGAGUGUUACAUGGCAAAUUGAUAAGUAUGAAGUCCUAAAAGUUAUUAGAGUUAUUCUGUCUGACUGCACAUCAGUAGCAUCUCAGCAAGUGGGAGACAGGGGAUAUGACAACAGCAACAAAAAUAUUGUAAGUUAAUAAGAAGCAAAUGGCUAACAAUGUAUGUAUUUAUCCUUUAUGAACAUAAUUUUUUUGAGUAAUUUCAGUUGUUUUUACCUCAAAAAUCUCCUAUGUGUAAAAUAUAGCAUUGGUUCAGAUUAAUUUAGUCUAUAAUUAGUUGAUGUAGUUCCUUUAGUUCAGAAUUACUAAAAUGUAAAUUUUGAGUUUUAAGACCACAUUUACUUUUAUGUUGUUUCUUCAACUAGUUGAGUGGAGACGACUUCAUUUCAAUGGGCUUCUUGGUUUCCUGUAAGAAAAAUAAUCCACUGGCCAACUUUGAUUUUUAAAUGUUAUAUACUAUUGUGAUGCAAACAUGGUUUCUCCAUUGGAACCACCACUUUGGAGGCCAAAAUUCAGUGUUUGUCUCUGUUUGCUUUAAGCCCAACCCACCACGAGCCAAUCUUUGUCUUGCUCUGUGUCUCUAUUGUAUUCUUCCCUUGAUUCAUUCUAUGCCUGAUAAUUUGCCACAGCUUCCACAACUUUAUUAAAAAGAGAAACUGUCAAAUUCAAGAAAAGAACAAAGGUACCAUGGAAACCUUCUCUAUCAGAGUCAGAGGAUAAGAGGAGGACACUGACAUUAUUGGAGUGAGACUGUCUUCAAACAUCUGUCUCCAUUGUUCCUGGCUUUGCUUGUUUUUAUGACUCUCAAGCAGAGGCAAUUUUUACCCUGUGGACACUUAGUGAUAUGUAGAGCCAUUUUGAUUGUCACAACUGGGAAUAGGCAUUUGUAUGAAAUGAGAAGGGGCUUUGAAUGCUGCUGCACAGGUCACAAUGCACAAGACAGGGCUCCUCGCACCUCCACUUCCAAAGAAAAUGAUUUGUUUCAAAAUGGUGAUGGUACCAGGACUGAGAAGGACCGCUUCUAUUAAGGGGCUUCUGGAACUUGCUUUCUUAAUCCUCUCUCAUUAAAAAAAAAAAAAAGGAUUAAUGCAAAUUGCUUCCUUGUUAGAGUAAAGCAAAGCUCACUCAUCAGCUCUCAGAAACACUCCCUCACUAACUGUGGGAUUUGAAAUUCACAGAUAAAAGCACAGACCACACAUACAUUUAAAAAACAGCAGCUCUCACACACCUACAGCACUGUGGCAUCUUAAUGUCUGGUUAUGGCAUCACAGAUACUAGUUGAGAGGCUGCAGUAUUGUCCAUGAACCUAGCUGCUUCUAGUCUGAUCAGUUUCUACUGGAAACAUUUUUUUCCACACGAAUGAAGAGCCUUUUAAAGAAACAAUAUGACUCAUCUCCUCGCUUUCACUGGAAAUGUCAGUAACUGUCAAGCCUUUAUUUCUUUUUCCCUUGUAGCAAUAAUGUAAAUAUCCCAGAGUGGUAUUUUAAAAAGAGAAGAUUAAGAGUAUGAAAAGAGCCAGCUUAUGUCUUGAGAAAAGAACUGAUUGCCUCUUGACCAAUUCAUCAUCCCCUUAAUGACAGAUCCCAAGUGUUGGGACAAGGUCACCAAUAUAGUAAUCUACAAAGAAUAAGAUAAACCAUCUGGCUUGAUAUAUGGAGUCUAGAAUCCCACAUCCUCUACUGUUGACAACUCACUGCUUUUUGGUCCUGAAGAGAUGGCAUGAGGGGAGAUUGGAUUUAAAAAUGAUACCAACAGUUAUUCAGCAAUGCAGCCAACUUUUUUUUUCCUAUUUAGUUCAUUGACAGUUGCUCCCCUCCUCAAUUUGAUAAGAUCUCUGUCAACACCAUAACACUGGUGUUGCAAUUAGAUUAGGAAGGCACCCACAGCUGGAUAAACUUGUGCAACAUGUAUUCUUAGCAUGUAUAUACAAUGCCAUUCCUCUCCAAUAGGCUUCUCUUAAAAGGGUGCAUGCUGUAGCAUGAACUCUAUGUAUAUUUAAUAUAUCUCCCAUAAUAUGCUGUAUGCUUCAUAUAUAUAUAUUCUAUAAAUAAAAUAAAAUGUAUAAUAGAAAUACAUAUUUCUGUAUGCAAAUAAAUAUAUUAUACACAAAAUUGUUACAGGCACUCUGGUAUAUAUGUUGUUUCAUAGAAUAAGAGUAGAUUUAAUGUGCUCCAUUUUCAAAGAAAAUCAUAUUUUGCAUCAAAGGAAGAGCUUUAAGAGCAGCCAAACUCCUAUCCACAUUAAUAUUCAACUGAUUUAUCAUUGAGUGUCUGACAUUGAUUUUAGAGAUCUCUUGAAGGAAUACAUUAAUAAAUCUUUCUGGUAUCA